CUUAACUUGGUUUAUUUUUACACUCAACUAGUUCUGUGCUAUACUUAUUGUAGAUGGCUGAUCUACCACUAGAGUUAUAUCAUGAGAAGAGGAAGAAAAGGAAGCGGGCAGCAGCUGGGUUCUUUAUUACCGUAGUUGCAGUAGCUCAACAUAUGUAUUGUAGGAGAAAGAUAGUUGAGCUUGGUGAUUUCAGUGAGGAAGAGGCCGAGAAUAGAAUUAGGAGGCAGAUGCUUAGGAAUAUUUACAUGGGUCCAAAUCUAUAUUGCUAUGAUACUCUAAGGUUUACCAAAAGGUCCUUCUUUGACCUAUGUGCCAUGUUACGUGAAAGGGCUGGACUGAAAGACACCUUUCAUGUGACCGUUGAAGAGGCUGUGACCAUUGUAUUGCUUGUACUUGGCCAUGGCAUGAAGUUUAGGUUGAUUCGUAGCACCUAUAGGUUGACACUUGAGCCAAUUAGUAGACAUUUCAAUGAGGUCUUAGGAGCCAUUCUUUCUUUAUCCCAUGAAAUCAUCAAGUUGCCAGACCCUGCUACUGAACUACCCGAGGAUCACAAAUGGAGGUGGUUCCCCGAUGGGCUUGGAGCCUUAGAUGGCACACAUGUUGAUGUUCGUGUUCCGCUACGCAAGCAAGGUAGAUAUAGGAAUAGGAAGAAGGCCAUAACAACAAAUGUGUUGGGCGUCUGUGACCGCAACAUGAAGUUUGUUUAUGUGUUGGCUGGCUGGGAAGGUUCAGCGUCAGAUGGUAGAGUGCUGAGAGAUGCAAUGGAUAGAGAUGACUCUUUCAAAGUUCCAAAUGGAAAAUACUACCUAGUAGAUGCUGGAUACACGAAUGGUCCAGGCUUCUUCGCUCAAUUUAGGAAUACAAGGUAUCACUUGAAAGAGUGGGCUGCCAAUGGGAAUAAUCCAGAAACUCCACAAGAGCUCUAUAACCUGCGGCAUGCAAUUGCUAGGAACGUAAUUGAGAGGAUUUGGGCUCUUAUAAAGAUGAGAUGGGCUACUCUAAGGGCUAGUUCAUUUUUUGGAAUAAAAAAUCAGAUUCGAGUAAUCAAUGCUUGUUGCAUAUUGCAUAACUUCCUAGCUGAUAGGCAAAGAGAGAUGGAUGAUGUGAUGUUGCAAGCGGUAGAUAAUCAGCUAAAUAAUGUUGUCAUUGAUGUGGAUGAACCCGACAUGAUUACCCACAUUGAGAUGACGAAUGAGUGGAACAACAGGAGAUUGACCCUAGCUAAUCAGAUGUGGGCUGAUUAUCAAGCUAGGCAUGGACAAGCUUGA